CAAACGUGCACAAGGGAAGAAAAUUAAAAUAAUAAACUCGAAAGAAUAUGACAGUUUUUCUGUUCAAGGAUUUAAUUAACUUAACAAUAAUAAUAAUUUCAAGAUUUGUUUUUGAGUUACGCUGCUCGUGGUAGAGGCAUCCUUGAACGGCGCUGUACAGAACCCAAAAAUAUAAUGUGAAUAUGAUCUUCACUCUUCAGCGAUGGGGAAUAGCCGGGAGACAAGGAAUGAGUAUCAGCCUGAGUCAAGAGACAGCCACAGAAAAACAUGGGUGAAGAAGCUGAUUGAUUUGGUUGGAUGAUUGGAAACAAGCAGCUGUUUCAGCCGUUCUGGUGAUUUUUGAUCCCCUGGUGCUCAGCACAGGUGUAGUGAGUGACAAGGAGCUGGAAAGGCUCGUGAAGAAUUAAGGAAGUGGUGAAGUUCAAACAACCAAGCUGGCUUGGAUACGUUACCUGGACUAUAACUGGUACAAGGACCAGGCUAUUCCAAGGUCUAAACCCUUUGUUCGGUUGUUGUUUGCCGGAGUCAUGGCGACCUUGUUGCAUUCUGAAUCUCGGCGCUUAUAUUCUUGGUGGUGGGAUAGCCAUAUCAGCCCCAAGAACUCAAAAUGGCUACAGGAGAAUCUUACAGACAUGGAUGCCAAUGUAAAAGCAAUGAUCAGACUCAUUGAAGAAGAUGCAGACUCCUUUGCAAGAAGAGCAGAAAUGUACUAUAACAAACGUCCAGAGCUUAUAAAAUUAGUUGAGGAGUUCUACCGAGCCUACCGUGCUUUAGCUGAACGAUAUGUCCCUGCAACUGCAGAGCUUCAUGAUGCACAUGAAACCAUGCCUCAAGCAUUAGACAACCAAAUGCCUCCUUCUGAUGAGUCUUGUUCUGAUGCUGAAUCCCACACACCAGAAAUCCACCUCCCAAAUCAUGCACUGCAUGACAAAGGAGACUUGCACAAGGAGUUGGGGAGUUCAUCAUCAAUGAAUCAAAGCAGUUCUGUAAGUAAAGCGGGUUUGAAACAGCUCAAUGAGAUGUUUGCAUCAGAGGGAAGCACUGAACCGCAAGUAGUUCGUCGUGAAGGUGAAUUCGAUGAUCAUAACUUGCAUAGAGUGCCCUUUCAGUUAAUAAGGAACAUUUGUGUUCUCAAACCUCCGAUUCUGUGGUUGUCUGAAAGAGAUGAAAAAUUGGAUUCUGAACUUCAAAAUUUAAGAAAAAGACUGAAUGAGAUGGAAGCUGAAAAGGAAGCUUUCUUUGUUAAAUACCAGAAUUCUUUGGAAAAGCUAUCCAGCCUAGAGAAAGAACUUAGUUCCACUCAAAAAAAUGCCAGUGGACUCGACGAACGAGCGAGCAAAGCUGAAAUCGAAAUAAAAAUAUUGAAGGAAGCCCUUCAAGAUUUGAAAGCAGAGAAGAAUGCAGGCCUUCUACAAUAUAAUCAAUGUUUGCAAAACAUAUCUAGCCUAGAAAAGCUAUUAUCUGACUCCCAACAAGAUGCUGAAGGACAUAAAGAGAGAACCGCUAAGGCCGAAAUUGAAGCUCACAACCUUGAGCAACAACUUUCCAGAUUAGCAGCUGAAAAGGAGGUCAGUCUUGUUCAGUAUGAGCAAUACCUAAAGAAGAUAUCUGCUUUAGAGAAUAAAAUCUCUGUUUCUGAAGCUUAUGCAAGAACGCUCGAUGAACGAAUGAAUCGUUCAGAGACUGAAGUGAAAGUAUUGAAGAGAGCUCUUGAUGAUCUGAAUGAAGAGAAGGAAAUAGCAUCUCGCCAGUAUGAGCAGUGCUUGGAGAAAAUUGCCAAGAUGGAAACUGAAAUAUCUCAUGCUCAAGAUGAACUUGUGAUGGCUAAUGCAAAACUGGAGACAACAGAAGAAAGGUGUGCUCAUUUGGAGCAGUCAAAGCAUUCACUGCAGUUUGAAGCAGACAACCUUGUACACAAGAUUGUUAUUAAGGAUCAAGAGCUUGCAGAAACACGAGAUGAGUUGAAGAAACUGCAGACUCUAAUGAAUGAACUGACUUUUUCUUCCAAUACUUCAAUGAAGAAUUUGGAGGAUCAACUAUCUGGCUUGAAGGAGAUGAAAGAGAAGCUUGAAGAGGUUGUUUCUCAAAAAGAAGAGCAGGGCACGUUGCUCGAUAAAGAGAUUGAUCAUUUGAGAGAAGAAAUUAAGGAAUUGAGUGGAAGAUACCAGGGCAUAAUGAGACAAUUGGAAGAGGAAUUUCAUGAGGAGAAUGCCAAGCUGAGGGAGGCCUGUGAAAAGGACAGGAACAAGAUUGAAGCACUUCAUGAAAAACUCAGUUAUAUGGAUGAACUUGCAAAGGAAAAUUUGAUCAUCAAGGUAUCUCUGGCUGAAUUGAACGCGGAAUUGGAGAGGCUAAGGGAGAAAGUCGAGGAGUCCGAGGAGCUUACCCGAUUUAUCUCGAGUGAAAAGAAUUCUCUUGUUGCGGAGAAAUCUUCCUUGCUUUCACAAAUGCAGAAUGUAACUGAGAAUAUGUUAGUACUUUUAGAGAAGAACACACUGCUGGAAAACUCCCUACUUGGUACAAAUAAAGAGCUUGAAGGUUUAAGGGCAAAAUCAAAGGGCUUAGAAGAAUUCUGCCAGUUGAUGAAGGAUGAGAGGUCAAACCUUUUGAAUGAAAGAGGCGCACUGGUGGCUCGGCUUGAAGAGAUUGAACUCAAACUAGGAAACUUCGAAACGAGGUUUGCGAAUCUAGAAGAAAAAUAUGCUGAUCUGGAAAACGACAACAACUCUGCCUUACAUCAAGUAGAAGAAUUGAGGACUUCCCUUCUCACGGAAGAACAAGAGCGUACGGGUUACAAGCAGUCGACUACGGCCAGACUUGCUGGUUUGGAGAACCAUGUCCUUAACCUACAAGAAGAAAGUAGAGUGAGUAAGGAAGAAGUUGAAGAGCUACUAGGCAAGGCUGUGAAGGCCCAGGUUGAAAGCUACAUCUUGCAGAAGUUAUCAGAUAAAGUUAUUGCUGAAUUGGAAGGCGAAAAUCUGGAUCAACAAGCUGAAGUAGAAUUUAUGUACAAUGAAAUCAAUAAAUUAAGAGGAGGAAUCCGUAAGGUAUUAAUGGCUCUUCAAAUUGACCAAGCUGAAGAGAGGAUUCUGAUAGGGGAUAUUUUGGCUAGAAUUGAGGAUUUGAAAACGUCCGUGUUCAAAAACAAGGACGAGAAGCGGCGACUGCUCGUUCAGAACUCGGUUUUGUUAACUCUUCUCAAGCAACUGAGUUUAGAGAGUGAAGAACUGAAAGAAAACUUUAUGCAGGAGUUAAAGAGCAUGAAGGAUCAACUAGCAAUGCAUGAACAAGACAAGCAGAAUUUAAUCAUCCAGGAAACAAUUGCUUUCAACAUCCUAUCGUCGAUUUUCGAAAGCUUCAAAACCGAGAAAUUCUUGGAAAUCGAAAGGCUUGUUCAAGAUAUCUGGCAUCUCCAAGUGGUUAAUUCUGAGACAAGGGAAGAAGUUGUGAAGUUGGCAGAGAAAUCUCAGUCAAAGGACACUGAAAAUUUGCGUUUAAACGAAUCGGUAGAGAAAUUGGCUAAGGAGUUACAUGAAACAAAAGCUUUGAAUGAUGAACUCAACCAUCAAAUUUUACUUGGAAAUGAUUUACUGAGGUCAGAGGCCCGAAAGCUGUCUGAAACAGAGGAGGAGUUUAAAAAUUCACAAAACUUCAACAUGAAACUGUGUGAAACUGUUGAGGAGCUCAAGAUGGAAGGUGAAGAAACAAUGAUGAUCAAACAGAAUCUAGAGAAUGAGAAUCUUGAACUUAAAGAAAAGUGCUUAAGCCAGGAGAACCAGAUUCAAUGCCUCAGUGAAGUAAAUGAAAAUUUGAAAUCUGAAGUUGAUUUAUUGAAUGAGGAGAUAGAGAAAUGCAAGAUUAGAGAGGAGUGUCUGAAUCUAGAGCUACAGGAGAGGAGAGAUGAGUCUGAGCUCUGGGAAGCUGAAACCACGGCAUUUUACUUCGAUAAUCAAAUCUCGUCGAUACGGGAGGUUUUAUACGAGAAUAAGGUACACGAACUUGUCCAUGCUUGUGAAAAUGCUCGGGAUGAGGACGCUGAAAAAGACAUGGAGAUUGAAAAACUCAGAGAAAGAGUAAGUUUCCUGGAAAUUGAAGUAGGAGAAAUGGAGGCACAGUUGUAUGCAUACAAGCCAGCCAUAGCUGCUCUGAGGGAGGAUGUAGAAUCACUCAAGCAUAUUGUUCUUCCUCAGGGCGAGGAAACCACAGCUCAUGUUCAUCAGGGGAGCUGUAAAGUCCACAAAGAAGAGAUAUUGGAUUUGCAGGAGAUUGGGGCCAUGAUAAAAGUAGUGGAGAAGGCUGUGAUCGAGGAAAAGAAAAAACUUAACAAAGAAGCUGCUGAAGAACAUGUCGAAGACCUCAGAUCAGAAGGAACGUCGCAUCGUGAAGCGACAACGGAGGAUGGAAUUACUGAUAAUCCUAAGGCAAGAAAGAACAAACCUGACAAUGAAAUGGUAAUGAAAGAUAUUCCACUGGAUCGUGAAUCAGAUAGUUCUUUCCAGAGAAGAAGCAGAAGGGAAAGUAGUGAGACCAAUGAGCAAAAUUGUGACCAGAAUUUGAUUGAUAGCUCGCCACAAAGCCCCUCAGACCCACAAGUUGAGUACCCACAGUUGGAGCAAUCCCCCAGCAGUAGCAUUAGAGAACGAAUCCGAAGAGGCCGAAAAGGAAAGAUCUUAGAGAGAAUUGAUUCGUAUGUCGAUCAGUUGACAGGUCUUCUAACAAGUGUUCGAGAUUUGAAAAAGAGAAUUGAAGUGAACGUCUUCGAAAUGGCUCCAAACAAUGAAUACGACACGGUUGAGAAACACGUAAAAGAAGUCGAGGAAGACAUAUUUCAGCAAAUGAAUAUCAAUGAUCAACUGAAGCAGAAUUUGGAACGCAGUCCCUCGUUUUUCGAGCGAAUGCCAUCAAUAGAAAUCGAGGCCACUGGAAACAUCCCCUUAAGCAAACUAAGAGAGCAGGCACGAAGAGGAUCUGUGAAGAUACAACAACUACAGUUCGAGGUACAGAGCAUUCAGCGCGUUGUGCUGAAACUCGAAGCCGAGAAGAAACCAAAAGGGAAGAACACAUUACCGGGGAGUAGUAAACCUCGGGUUAUUCUGAGAGAUUUCAUCUGCAGAAGCGGAAAACGGAGGGAAAGAUGGAAGAAACCAUGUUCUUGUGGAUGUAUGAGACCUUCUACGCAUUUAGACUGAAUCUCCUGAUAAAUACUCCGGCUGUACAGUAGUAGAAGAUUAUAGAGACAGCAGCUAGAUAUCCAUCCCCUUGUAAGUUGUAAUAAUUGUAGAUCAUCAUCUCUGGAUCUAUCUAAUGAUGAUGAACUAUAACAAGGCAGAUUCUUGUCUUGCGCUAGCUUGAUUGGUUAUGAUGAUUAAAGUCCAGAAAUAAAAUGUUCAUAUUUUUCAA